AGCCCUGUGGGGCCGUGGAUGCUGGGUUGUGGGGCUGCGGAGCCGCAGCGGGGAGCGCUUUAAGCACACUGAGUCACAGGCGCUGGUGCCUGGCGUUACCAUAGGAAUCCGAGCAGUUGCUAGGGGUGGGGAGCUGGCUGUCACUUGGCCCCGCUGCUGCGUGGUUCCAGCAUGAGCUCAUGGUGCAGAGGAACCUGAUUUCUUGCUCCCUGCCCCUGUGAGAGCAGAGGUCAGACAGCUCUCAGCCCUUGGGGGAGGAGGGCAGGGAAUAACUUUGCUUGGGCCUCCGCUUGGCUACAGUGCUCAGACCCUUUGUGCUUGCCAUUCCACCUUGGUGAUCUACCGCCGUGUAUGUCCUGCUCUUUCUUGUUUUGGGAAUCCAAUUUCGUUUGCUUAGCAAUAGCUCCCAGCCCUCUGGGAGCCCGUGAGAAGUGAAAACUGGUUGUAAACUGAUGAGUAAGAGAUAAGCUUACACCUCCUGUCCUCCCAGGGAGUAAUCCAGGGACAGGCGACAAAUGCUGACUAUCCAGUUCUGUGCUCACAUCCAAGUGGCUGCCUGCUCAUCUUCUCUGGAUAGAUGCACACGUUCAAGCUCUGGGGAUGGAAGAUGCAAAACAUCAUUGCCCCCUUCCAUUCUGCUAAAGGAAAUAGCCUUGCUCUGAGUAUCACCUUUCCACAGAAAGGUGUUGUGCCUCCUCAGAUCAUCUUUGAACCCUGUGCUCCCCUCAUAAUGGAAAACGAGCACAAGCCUGUCAGAGAACCAGCGUUACAGAGAAUCUUGCUGAUGCAAGGUGUCAGUUUGUUUUGCUACAGUUCCUCUUGGCUCGCAGCCUGUUGGCCCUGAGCUGCCGUCCGUGUGGUGAUGCUGGCUUGGGUCUGUGUGAGCAGUCGAGGUCUGCAUGUCUGUCCUGUCUGGUGUUUCCUUGCCUAUUUCCAGGACACUGGCGUUAGAGGGCAACAACUGUUUCCUAGGGGUCUCCCAAAGAGUUGGUACCCUUGGAAGGUGCUGGGUGCUGUGCCAGCUCAGUGCUGGGUUUGACAUAUCUUCUGCUCCAGUCCGUGUUUUAGGCGCUGCAAGACAAACGGCGGUAUUUGGGCACCAUGGCUACAGACCCGCUCUCAGAGCUUCAGGAUGACCUGAACUUGGAUGAUACCAACCAGUCCCUCAGCCAGCUCAAACUGGCCUCCAUAGACGAUAAGAACUGGCCAGCAGAUGAAGUCCCUGCAUUCCCCAAAUCAGAGGAUUCCAAAGGCUCCCCUGAGCCCGUCACUCACCUGCGGUGGGAUGAUCCCUACUACGAUAUCGCCAGGCACCACAUUGUGGAAGUAGCAGACCAGGGUGCACUUGAUGGGGCCCAACCAGGUGAUGACAAAUAUGGAAGGAAAGUCAUUUUGUUCAGUGCCUGCCGGAUGCCCCCAAGUCAUCAGCUUGAUCACGUGAAACUGCUGGGGUACCUGAAAUUCACACUGGACCAGUAUGUGGAGAGUGAUUACACACUGGUGUAUCUGCACCACGGCCUGACAAGUGAGAACAAGCCAUCCCUGAGCUGGCUGCGAGAUGCCUACAGGGAAUUUGAUCGCAAGUACAAGAAGAACAUCAAAGCCUUGUACAUUGUGCACCCAACCAUGUUCAUCAAGACCCUGCUGAUUCUCUUCAAGCCUCUGAUCAGCUUUAAGUUUGGACGAAAAAUCUUUUACGUGAACUUCCUUAGUGAGCUGGAGGAGUACGUGAAGCUGGAACAGUUGGGGAUCCCGAGCCAAGUGCUGAAAUAUGAUGAAUAUCUGAGAUCUCUGCAGAAGCCUGCACAAGUGCCCCAGAAGCCAACACCCCCACGCCCGCCACUGCCAAACCAGCAGUUUGGAGUCUCGCUCCAGCAUCUAAGGGAGAAGAGCCCUGAUCAGUCUCCUGUUCCUCUGGUGGUCAGAGAGACCAUUGCUCAUUUGCAGGAGCAUGCUCUUGCAACAGAAGGGAUUUUCCGGAGAUCAGCCAAUACACAGGUUGUCAGGGAGGUCCAGCAAAAAUACAACAUGGGUGUGCCGGUAGAUUUCCAGCAGUAUGAAGAUGUCCACCUCCCUGCUGUGAUUCUCAAGACCUUCUUGAGGGAGCUACCCGAGCCCCUCCUCACUUUUGGCCUCUACAGCCAUGUUGUCAGCUUCCAGAGUGUGGAGGAGGAGAAUCGUGUGGAUGUUGUUCGCAAAACACUCCAAAGUCUGCCGGAAGAAAACUACCAAGUGCUUCAUUUACUGACAGCCUUCCUGGUGCAGGUCUCUGCUCACAGUGACAGAAACAAGAUGACAAACACCAACCUGGCAGUUGUGUUUGGCCCAAAUCUGCUGUGGGCCAAAGAUGUAGCCAUCACCCUAAAAGCCAUCAACCCCAUCAAUACCUUUACCAAGUUCCUGCUGGACCACCAGAAGGAGCUCUUUGAGAAUGUGGAGGCCUGAAUCCAGGCCGGCCCACUCCAGCACACUGUGCCCACCUUCCCACCUUCUUUCCCACCUUGUCUUGGAGCUGUGACCAAGCUGUCUCCAGUGCAAAGGGACCAUUGCUCCCCUGGGUGAUGAGCAGAAUGAGGGCUGUGGAGAUGGUGGAGAAAGUGUAAGUAAGCAGCAGAUCUCUUGCAUCAGGUGGGGAUGGGAGCUGGUCUCCCGGCUGCUGGGUGGAGUCCUCCCCAACCUGCCAGUCUGUGCAGCUCCUCCAGGGCUCAUCACCAGCCUGCUGCCCUAUAAGAUGACCUGCCUUCCUUUCCUCCUUCCCUCACGUGCGUUUUUUCUGCCCUCCUGGUCCCUUCCUCAGCAAAGAUCUUUUUUUGUUUAAUCUCCCAACAGCCCCAGCUCGCUCCCCUUGCCUCAGCUGGGCUAUCAGGGCUAGGGCAGACUCGCUGGGUUUGUGGCAGAGGUGUUCUUGCUGUGAGUGCCAUCUUUCAGCACUGAACAUGCAUCCUGCCUUCUCCCAGAGGCACCUGAAGCACUGAAGGGAGCAGGAAGCCCUUGUGCUUCAUGUAGCAUCGUGUUCUGCACUUGCAAACACCUCUCCAGACCCACGGCUUUGACCAGCAAGUGAAAGACAGGUUCGCAGCACGUGGGCUGUGUAGACCUGCCAGACUGCAACACAGGGAAGCUGAAUUUAGCCCAUAUUCCUCUGGGGUCACCCACUCCGGAUACUCUUCAGCUUUUACUGGGGUGAGGUUACUCCUGUAGUUACCCAGCUCAGGUGUUGUCCCUCCAGCAGCAUUUCCAGCCUGGCUGGGAAGGUUCGUGCCAGACCUGGCCGUGCAGGGGCCUGGCUGGGGUCCUUUCACAGACGGGAGGCUGAAUUGCAAGGAGAAAGUGCCCUGGUGGCACUGAACUGCUGAACACUAUGAAGAUCACUGCCUUUCCCUGUGGCAGCAACACGAGGCCUCUUGUACUCCUUCAGGCGUGUGUAUCUGUGCUGACAGGCACAGACUGCCUCGGUGGUUCUUCUUUUUCCUCUUCAGUUUGAGCAGAACUUUCUCUAGCACAAUGCAACAGUGAGCAUGGCCUUGAGGGAAGGUCUGGAGACUGGGGCUAACCCUCGCUCUGGAGUGCACCAGGCCUGGCUUACAGGUUUCUGCCCAGGUGCUGAGCUCUCAUGUGCCAAAGUUUUGAGGGAACAGCUAUUCCAUGCUGAGGGCCCUGCCCUCUCUCCUCCUCGGUUCACAGUUUCCUUGCAUCCUACCAUGGAAGCCUCAUCUGAUACAUCCUGUAUGCCCUGGGCAUGGCUGGAGAAAAUUGGGAGGUCUGCGAGGCAGGUUUAGGGCGGGAUGUGCCCGGUGCCUUCCCCGAGCAGUGCAUCACUGUUGGUUUGGGUUGCAGCGUGCUGGUUACCUGAGCUAAACGUGAUCCCUCCCCUUAACCUGGGCCUGAGGGAGCUUCUGAAGUGGGGAGCUUCUCGCCUUAUUUCUCUGGUGUAUUUACCUUUGUAUCUUGUGUCCUGCAUGCCUGGGCCAGUCCUGCUCCCUGUUGCAUCUGGCCACGGGGACAAAUGGUUUGGACCAAACAGAAGUCAUUUUUUUACAAGCUACUGGAUGCUAAAUAGGAUUUGCCUUUUCACAGCAUUUUAGCCUGAACAAAAGUUGGUGCCCCAGCUGUAAUGAAAAGAAGCGACCUCUGCUGCGGGGCUGAUGGAAGUGGCUGUUUUUGCUAAGCUCUGGAGUGGGGCUGGGUGCGAACACAGGAAGCGUGGCAGGGCAGCGCAGGUCCACCCAGCUGGCUUGGAGGAGGCACAGCGGCUCGUGGGUGGGAACUGGGCAUUGCUAAGGCUGGAGCCAGAGAUGUGCUAGGGCAGGGCUGGGCCUGAUCCCUUCUAGAUAGGGGGAACUUUGCCCUGCGGAGGCUACAAGGUUGCCGAGUCUCCCUCCUUCAAGAGUAGGAGUCUUCCCUGUUUGACCAAGAUAGGAGCUGUGGCUGCAGCCUGAACAGUUCACAGCAGCACCCAAGUAAAUGUUGUGAAGAUACUCGGCUCCUGGUUCAUCUUUGGUCUCUGCUAGAGUAAUUGAGCAGGGCUGGUUUGCUGUGGAGUAGUCAUCUGCUCUGAUGGACAGUGUGGAGAGAGGUGUAUACUUGCCCCAGGAUUUACUUCAGGAGGCAAGGCUUCCUGGGCACCCUGCGAGGAGUGGGGAGACUGAAAGAGCCCCGUACUCAGCACCCGGUGCUCCUUCCCUCCCCUAUUUAGGCUUUAGUAGAAGGGAGAUUCUUGCUCCGGCUCUGUCUGCAGCUGACUCUGGCCUUGCUUGCAUCUCCCUAGAGGAAAGGCAAACCCAGCUAACUUCUCCAGGGACAAAUGAGCCCAAGGCGAGCGACUUGGAACAGCAAGUGCCUGUCUGCUGGGGCACAAGGCCGUGAUCCUAUGCGCAGCUGCAGCUCUCUGGGGAGGGUGGCAUGUUCCAGCCCUCCGGGGCAGCAAGUGCCAGUCCGUGCCCGGUGGCCAGGAGCAGCGCUGGUGUAGCUUAGCUGCUCUCCAGGGGGAGAGCAGGGAUCGCUGCAAGUGUCUGUGUUCUCUCUGGAGUUUGUUGGGUGGCUGUUUUUUCUUGUUUUGUUUUUGGUUUUGUGGAUUUUUGAAAUACUGUUUCCGUUUUUAGCAAAAAGGAGCCUGGUGCACCCCCUGCAGGCAGGGAUAAAAGCCUGCUCCAGGUCAGUGCCUGCAGGGAGCAGAUUUGGAGGGUGUUCAGGAAGCUGCUACUGCUCGUGGUGGGAAAGUGCUUGAAAAUCCUGGAAGGGACCCAGUGUAAAUAUCCCCUUUCCUCUGAGGCUCCUCAUGCUGGAGCUGCCAGGGGCCCUGGAGUAGGCACAGUAACCGGGGCUGCUUUUGCUUCUGCGCUCUGCCCUCCUGAAUGCCUUCUUUGGAGAGAUCCCUCCUGCGACUUGAGCAAGGAACUGGCCUGGGCCUGCCCGCAGCCUCCGCUGGGUGGGUGGCCGCAAGAGCCUGCGUCUGCCAAGCCCAGGGGAUGAAAUCCCCUCGCCCGCUGGUCAGCCUCCUGGCGGAGAGCACCGCUGGCAGGGCACGGGCCUGGCUGGGCUGCUUCUGUCCUCUGCGUGUCGGUGGGGACAGGAUCUGGUUAGGGUGCCCAUCUUUGUCAUUUUUCUCCUUGUCAUAGAGCUGCCCAAGAUCUCUGGUUUGUCUUUCAGGUUAGCGAUGAGCCAUUUCUCCCUGCGGGGAUGGAGAAUUUGCUCCAUUCCGCCCCUCUGCUUUUUAGCAUCUAGGCCAUUCCCCUCUGCUAAGACCGGUGCUGUCUUAACUGCCCCUGGUCACUCCCAGCUCCCUGCCCCAAGCUGCGCUGUGACAUCAGAGGUUUUGGGUAGUGCAGAGGGGGCUGCAGCUGUCUGGAUGCCUUGUGGCAAUGUCUGCAAAUCUGACAGAGAGCUGAGCGCCAGUUUGGUCCCUGUCUCCUCUUUGAAGCACAGGGGCCCCUGUGCAAAAUUUUUGGCUUUGCUUUUGUUGCUGGUGUUCCCUGCCUUCUUUUCUGUUGACGUUCAUUAGGUGCAGGGAUGGGGUUUUCACAGUGGUAUUAAGUCACAUUGUUUAUUUCCUUCUAAUCUGCACCAAUCUUAUAUUUCACGGUUUGCACUUUUUGUAUUUCAAUAAAAAUGGAAAUGUAA